GCUAAAGGGGAAGCUGUUCAAAAUGGCGGCGUACUUGGCAAUCCCCUGUAGUACAAAAUAGGUUAUCGAGGUGGUGCCUAUAUGCGACCGAUAAUUCCACGGGAUCUGACGUGAAGCUAAUAGCGCCGCGAGUAUUAUGGUCGGCGCCAGAUAAGAUUCGUGUACACGGCGCGUUUUAAUCUCCCGUAUUACCGCGCGCAUCCGGAGGGAUAAUGGCCGAUAAUGUCAUCGCGGGCGACGACGAGCUCCUGAAAAACAUCAAGACGCUCCUCUGGGGCUCGACCGUCAAGGAGGACGUUUUCAAACGAUGGGCGCAAGGCUUCUACUUCAGCGCGGACGAACCCACUGCGCUUGUACAGAGAGAAGGCGGGCCUUGCGCCGUGAUAGCCGCGGUUCAAGCAUUUAUUUUGAAGCAGCUGCUGCUGGAGAGCGACGUUGUAACUUGGAAGGCUAUCAAGGCCGAGAAAUGUGAUCAGUUACUCGUGAAGGCCAUGACUGAAAUUAUAAAUCAAGCCGCCGAUGUUCAGGAUCCUAAGUAUUCAGUAGUACACGCCAGCGAUUCUAAUGGCUUUGUGUCCGGCAAGGAGGACGCUGUCGACUCGAAGUCAGCCGAGCCGAAUCCGGUCCAAGAUAUUAGCGACGGUAAUCAAAUUAACGAGGCGCAGGUCACGAAACGAGCGUCGUUAGAAUCGGAGAUUUUUCAUUCUCAAUUAAGGAUAUUUACGACAAGUAGCAUUGACGAUGUGGAGGACUUCUUCACGGAACGAAUCGGAAUGUUGAAGGAUCCGUACGGUAUACUGCUGUUACUUUAUACGGUGAUGUGUACAAAGGGGGUCUCGGAAAUAUGCUUAGAAAUGUCGGAUCCCACGGAGCCCAUGAUCGAUUCUACCUACGGAUAUGGAAGCCAAAGUUUAAUAAAUUUAAUGCUUACCGGUCGGGCAGUCAGUCACGUCUGGGAUCACGAUCAAGAUAUUAGUGGAUUAAAAUUACGCGGCAUCGAUAAGCAGAACACGGUAGGAUUCCUCACUCUGCUGGAGCAUUUACGGUACUGCGAGGUGGGAACGUUUCUAAAAUCGCCGUCGCAUCCGAUCUGGGUGCUAGGUUCGGACACGCAUUUAACUGUACUCUUCUCUACGGAGAAGCGAUUAGUGAGUCCGGAGACGCCGUCGGAGCAGGCGCGAAGAAUCUUCAAGCGCUUUGACCCGGAGGGGAAUAACUUUAUCGCGUCGAAUUUGCUGCAGGACGUAUUGGCGGAAUUAGGACUGGUAGCCGAUGCGGAAUACGUCGAUAUCAUGAGGAAGAAAUUGGACGGUGAAAAUUUAGGGAUAAUACUUCUCGCGUCGUUUAUGGACGAAUUCUUUCCCGAGGAACCACGCAUGUGCCCAGACAUGUUUGUCUUGUAUCACUACAAUGGUCUGCAGCGUAGCAAUCCGGAAAACAGAGUGAAAUAUCACAAGGGACAAGCAGUAUUGCUCGAGUGCACUGUAAAGUGCAUCAUGGAUAGCAAUCCUAUGCUGACGGCCCUGCAAACAAAAUGGCCAAGGAUUGAGAUACAGUGGGACAUAGGACGAAAUCCUAGUUUAAAUUAGAAUUUAUAAACUGUAAUAUAUAUAUAUGUAUACAGUGGAGCUGAGACAUAGAGUGACCUGACCGAGCGCUUCUAUAGGAUAUCGUUGAAAGGAUUACCACUUUAAGAUCGUAGUCUAGUCAAAUCGGCCAUCUUCUGGUUUGCAUCGGUGAUUAACGCAAGGAUAUUGAGUAUAUCCGCCAAUAAGGAAUAUUGUUUCAACGGGAAUAUCUAGUAUUUGUAACGCAUGGUCAAUAUGGAAAAUCUAUUAGAUAUCUACAAUUUAUGUCGAGGUGUUGCACCGCACUGACUGCGUCAACAAAAUUAACAUUAUCUUUAUUCAUGGAAGCGUAAUCUAAUUUUAAUAUUUCUUAUUAAGACAUUAAGCAUCUUAACGAAAUUUCUCAGCGCUAUAGAACAGAGAAACGCAACUAGUUGCUUUUGGCGAGCCAAAUGUAAAAUUUAACAUUAUACCGCGGGCCACAGCAACUGCAUUUAGAACUUAUGUUUUUGCCUAGUUUGCUUUAAUCAGAAAACACUAACAAAUCGCUAAUAAUUCAGUUUUUGUCCUGUGGGUCAAACUUGGCCGCGGACCGGAUUGGAAAGUUUUGAGGGCCGAAUCCGACCGAUCAGUUGCGUGUCCCUGCUGUAGAAUUUAACGGUGGUCGAUUGCAAGUAAUUUACGAUGACACAAGAAUUUAUUAUUAGAAGAGUUCUGCUUACUCUCGUGCAAUUCAGAAUAAAAAUUUUUGUUACAGGAAAUAACGAAUGCUACGUGGAUUCUAGUAAAAUUCGUUUUGUUCCAUAUUAUAUACAUAUAGACGAGAUGUUACUAAAGUAUUAAGCGACAUCAUUGUACUUUGAAACUUUUCGUGCGUUAUUAUUUCGCUAUUGCCGUAAAAAUUAUUCGAAUCAAAGGACUGUUUUAAAGUUUAAAAAGCGCCAUAUUAAUAAAGCUAUUUUAAGUUAAAUUUCACGUCCCCUUUCCCGACUAAGGAUAUAAUAAAAAUCAGGGCUAUGGAUUAAAAAUUAAUAUGCAAGAUAAAAUAUGGCACGCACUUUUGAAACUUCUACUUAAUAUAUGCUAAUUUUAAUAAAUAUUUGGUCAAUGU